AUGGCUGCAGCAAGUGGCAUUUGUGUAGGAUUCUUGGUCUUGGUUUUGUGCCUUAGCCAUGGCUCAUGGUUAGGAUCUGCGCGUUUAGUCGUCUCAGACGACUUCAUAAUAUCCCAGUCUAAAAUGCAACUUGGUGAAGAAUCUAACCAAGAUGCAAUUGAACCUAUCCCACCGAACAGCUUGCCGGGUACUGAAGCAGUUGAUGAAAAUAACAUUAAUAAUCAACCGUUAGAAGUUGUACAUGAUUCUGCUUCGCCUAUUUUGAUUAGCGGCAUUGAUCAAAGUGAUUGUGUUCGUCCUUUCGGUCGAGUUGUGAUUCCAGGCUCUCGUAUUCCGUGGGGGCAGGCACCGUCUUACUCUCCGGUCCAGCCUUAUCCUUACAGUCCCCAACCGGGAUACCAACCUAACCCCGCAUGUCAACCAGCGUGUGCUCCUAGUUCUUGGUUUCCUCCCCAACCCCAACCGCAACCGCAACCCCAACCCCAACCUAACCCCGCAUGUCAACCAGCCUGCGCUCCUAGUUCAUGGUACCCUCCCCAACCGACCCCUGAAUGCCAACCUGCAUGCCAACCGACCCCUGAAUGCCAACCUGCAUGCCAACCAGCCUGCGCUCCCGCUCAUUCGUGGUACCCUCCCCAAACUAACCCGGGAUGUGAACCGAGCUCGUCUCCAUAUCCUAACCCUGAAUGUCAACCCGCCUAUGCUCCAUCUCCUUCACCUUAUUCACCCCAACCAAACCCUGAAUGUCAACCGGCUCAGACUAACCCCGGGUGUCAACCAGCCCAGACUAACCCUGGGUGCCAACCAGCUCAGACUAACCCCGGGUGCGAACCGGCUCAGACUAACCCCGGGUGUGUUAACCCUGGAUGUCAACCAAUGAACUAUCCUCCCCAGACUAACCCCGGGUGUGUAACUCCUGGAUGUCAACCAAUGAACUAUCCUCCCCAGACUAACCCCGGGUGUGUUACUCCUGGAUGUCAACCAGCCUACCCUCCUCAAAUGGAACCGAGCAAUCCUCCACUGCCUGCAUCCUUCUAUCCUCCUCGACAUGAACCAUAUGAUCCUUUUGGCCCUCGACUUGACGAACAAACCUCACUAGAACAAGAGAAUAGUGGAAGUCCCCAGUCAAGUGAGGUUGAGAUAGUAGCCGCUGAUAAAGUCGAGGAGGGUCUGCCCCUAACUGAACAAAACUAA